UUAUAAAGGAAAGGUGGCUUUCCAGGAUCACAAAUACGAAAUUCCCUGUGAACUAUUUCACAGUAAACAAAGAUAACUCCAAAUCAACCUCGAGUGACGAACCUGCCCGCCUGCCUGCCUGCCACGCUCCCUUCCCUCCACCUCCUCAUCUUCACCCUCCACGUUUCAUCCCAUCCCUCUCUCACGCUUUCCCUUUGCUUUCCUAAUCGCACCUCUCUUUCCUUUCUGCUGCUUCUUCCGCUGUUUGCAUUUGAAAAACUCUGUUUUCCUUUUUUUCCUUUUCAUCAAAAGCUUGGGUUUCUUUUUCUUCUUUUUUGCGCCAUGUUGCUGAAAGCUGUUCCAACUUUUUCUUCGUUAAAUCCUCAACUGGAAAAUCAGGGUGCCCUGUUUUUCCCUUUUUCUUCUUCGAUUAAUCAUCAGCUAUCUUCUUUAAGAAAUGGACCUGGGUCUCUUGUAGUUUGUGCAGCCAAAGGAGCCAACCACAAGCCACUAAGUGGUGUUGUUUUCCAGCCCUUUGUGGAAGUGAAAAAGGAACUUGAUCUUGUCCCCUCCGUGCCUCAACUUUCUCUGGCUCGCCAAAAGUUUACUGAUGACUGUGAAGCUUCCAUCAACGAACAAAUCAAUGUCGAAUACAAUGUUUCCUAUGUGUAUCAUGCUAUGUUUGCUUACUUCGAUAGGGACAACGUUGCACUCAAGGGUCUUGCCAAGUUCUUCAAGGAAUCGAGUUUAGAAGAGAGAGAACAUGCUGAGAAAUUUAUGGAAUACCAGAACAAACGAGGUGGAAAAGUGAAGCUGCAGUCCAUAGUGAUGCCCCUCUCUGAGUUUGAUCAUGCAGAGAAAGGAGAUGCAUUAUACGCAAUGGAGCUUGCCUUGUCCCUGGAGAAACUAACAAGUGAAAAGCUCUUUAACCUACGUAAUGUAGCCGUGCGGAACCAUGAUGUGCAGUUGACGGAUUUCAUUGAAGGCGAAUUCUUAGCUGAGCAGGUGGAGGCCAUCAAGAAAAUAUCAGAAUAUGUAGCUCAAUUGAGAAGAGUUGGAAAAGGACACGGGGUGUGGCACUUCGAUCAAAUGCUUCUUCAUGAGGGAGAGGAAGCUAUUGCAUGAAGCCCCAACUUGCUGCUUCGUUCCAUGUCAAAAGUUUGUGCAUAAGGUCUUAUUUCAGUAGUUCUUUGUUGAUAUAUUUUGGCUGUAAGUUGAAAGAUAGUGCCGGAUCUUUGGUUUGAUGAUAAAAGCUCGUAAGGGAUUUAUUUUUGGUAGUCCUUUUAAUCAAAGUAGUUAUAGAUUCGUGGAUUUCCUAUA